AUGCGGGGAGGACCGACGUCGAACCGUCGCGAGGUCCAGCAGGAGGCGUGUCAGUAACACUCGCGAGCGAGCGUGCGUGCGUGCGCGUGUUGGUGCGUGUGUGUGUGUGUGUGUGACUCAAGUGCGAACGUGUGUGAGUCUGUGUGAGUGUGUGCCAGUGCCGCCGCGUCAGUGAGACAAGUGUGCAAAAAGUGCAAGUGUGUUGACACACUGGAAACAAAGUGAGAGUGACAAGGAGUGUACGUGAGGACUCUAUUUUCUCGACCAGCAUCCAGGAUGUGGACCACUAAGGUGACCGCGCUGGCACUGGUGGCGACGCUGUGCUCCGCCAUCACGGCCCCGGUGCAGCCCGACGCGCAGCCCACGGCCCAGCCCGCCGCGGACGCCCAGCGCGACCAGCACGACCAGCAGGGCCAGCACGCGGCGCAGCGCAGGGAGGCGCCCGUGCCCGCGGACAGCGGCGGCCACCACGACGACCUGUUCCCGCCGUCCGGGGACGCCCUCGCCAGCGGCGGGCUCUUCAGCGGCUCCUCGGGGCUGUCGGCCCUCGACUCGGCCGGCUUCGGCGACGCGUCGGCAGGCUUCCCGUCGUCGGCGUACGGCGCACCCGAGUCCGCGCCCGAGACCUCGUACGGCGCCCCCGCGCCCCCGCCCGUGUACGGCGUGCCCGGCACCAACCCGGGCCGCCCGCUAGGUCCGCCUGCCAGCUCGUACGGGCCGCCGCCGUCCGGGCCACCGGAAGACAACUACGGGCCGCCACCCCCCCAGAGGCCCUCGUCGUCGUACGGGCCGCCGCCCCGGCCGCGGCCCAAGUACGGGCCCCCCAAGCCGCAGUACGGGCCGCCGCCACCGCCGCCCAGGCCCAACUACGGGCCGCCGCCCCCGCGCCCGCAGUCGUCUUACGGGCCGCCCAAGCCCCAGUACGGGCCGCCGCCUCCAAGACCGUCGUACUCGCCGCCCAAGCCUCAGUACGGCCCGCCGAAGCAGUCCUACGGGCCGCCUCCACCGUCCUUCCAUCCACCCAAGCCCCAGUACGGACCACCACCAAGCCCGCCCAAGCAGCAGUACGGACCCCCGCCCAGCUUCCCCAAGCCCCAGUACGGGCCGCCCCCAAGCCCUCCCAGGCCGCAGUACGGACCUCCACCCAGCCCUCCCAAGCCCCAGUACGGGCCACCCCCAAGCCCGCCUAAACCCCAGUACGGACCCCCGCCUAAGCAGUACGGACCCCCGCCGAAACCAGAGUACGGACCUCCCCCUAGUCCUCCUAAACCUCAAUACGGUCCUCCACCCAGCCCGCCCAAGCCCCAGUACGGACCUCCCCCGAGUCCGCCCAAGCCCCAGUACGGACCUCCACCGAGCCCGCAGUACGGACCGCCACCAAGCCCGCCGAAGUCACAGUACGGACCUCCCCCUAGCUCGCCGUCGUCCCAGUACGGGCCGCCGCCGUCCUUCUCGGCGCCCAGCUCGCAGUACGGCCCUCCGUCCGGCCCCGGGCGCGGCGCUGGCGGCCCGCCCACGCCACCUGAGAUCAAGUACGACGGCUGGCAGCCAGUGGCGGGCCUGUCGCUCAACUCCGUCUCCCACUCUGGCGGCCACUCCAGCGGCCACUCCAGUGACUUCUCCAGCGGCCACUCCAGCGGGCUGUCCAGCUCGUACGACGGGCCGCCGCCCCCGGCGCAUGACCAGGGCGCUGGCGGCUACUCUGACGUGUCGGGUCCUUCGGGUGACAUCUCCGGCCCCGCCGCGCCGGCCGCGCCCAGCGGCAACUACGGUGCCCCGGACAACUACAACAACUACAACCAGCAGCAGUCGAGCGGGGCGCCCAGCGUGCCCAGCAACUCCUACGGCCUGCCCUUCGGCCAGCCCAAGCACCCUAUCCUGCACCGGCAGCCCGUGCCCGUCGGCCUGCUCGAGUCCAUCGGGGACGCCGUCAAGAACGACCUCCACGGCCAGUACAAGGGCAACACGUACAUCCCGCCCGCCGUGCCGGACCACGGCUCCAGCGCGUCCUCCUACCAGCACGGCGGCCUCGGCCUCGGCAGCGGGGCGCUGUCCGCGCUCACCGGCGGCGGCGGCGACUUCUCCAUCUCGCAGUCCUUGAGCUACGACCUCGGCCAGCAGCAGCAGCAGCACCCGGGGCUGGACCUGGCCGCCUCCAACGGGUACGCCAACGCCUUCGGCGGCCUGUCCGGGCUGGCGGCGCCGGCCCCGCUGCAGGCCCCGGCGCUGGACUACGGCGCGCCGCAGUCGUCUCCGAGUGCCUACCAGCAGCCCGAGCCCAUCGACGACCCGUCGCUCGUGAACCCCAACGCGUACCAGCAGCAGCCGCAGCAGCCGCAGCACUCCGAGGAGCAGGUCUCCAGCAGCGGCGCCGGCGACUACCCCUCGGCGCCGGGUAACUUGUACGGCGCGCCGUCGCAGCAGCAGUCCGUGGCCGUGCAGUACAACUCGGUGGCGCCCGCGGGCCGGACGCGCGCCCAGGAGGCCAAGGACUCCGACGAGGACGUGGCCGCGGUGCAGCAGCAGCCGCCAGCCAGCAGCGGCGCCAGCGUCAAGACCAUCCCGAUCCAGGGCGCCAAGGGCAACUACACGCUGCAGAUCCAGUCGGCGGGCGGCCGCGACGUGGACGUGCCGCACGAGCAGGUGCUGUCCGAGGGGCUGCUGCAGAACAUCCUGGCCGCCAUCGAGCAGCAGCAGUCGCCGGCCGCCACCGCUGAGUCGCAGCAGCUGCUGGAGGGGCUGCCCGGGCCGCACGCCGAGUUCCUGGCCGGCUUCAGCGGCGCGCAGGUGCAGCCCAGCCUGGGCCUGGACAUCCCCGGCCUCAGCAUGCUGGACCUCUCCGGCCUCGGCGACGGCAAGCUGGUGUCGCAGCGCGAGGUGCAGGCGGGGACGCAGCAGCAGCCCGGCAACGUGGCGCUGUACUUCAACGACGCCCAGCAGCAGCAACAGCAGCAGCAACAGCAACAGCAACAGCAGCAGCAACAGCAACAGCAAAUCGACGCCGCCGCCGCUGCCUCGAAAACCAGCGACGCCGGCAGCUACGUCAAGUUCGCCGACGACCACGUCAACUUCCAGUACAGCGCCCCCGCGGCGCCGGCCGCCAGCGAGACGGGCUCCAAGCACCACGGCAACCACCACAGCAACCACCAGGCGGGCAGCCAAUGAGUCACCGCGCCAUCGAUAGACUGAUUUCCUCAACGCGAAAACGAAAACUAGAUGUAGGUUAGCCGGACACUGAAAGAAAAAUGAUGGCAAAAUCGCUAGUCGAGGUCUGGAUGUCCCUCCGCACUGUAUUCCGCCCUCAACUCAAAUUGUCCUGGUUUCUUCCUGUGUCGGGAAGAUCCGGCGCUUUGUGUGGCUCUGGAUCUUCCUUUUCAGAGGAAUGGAUCUGCGGCAGUUUUGGAACUGGGUGUGAAUAUAAUGUUAAGGAGAGAGUGCUUCGGAACCAUUGCCUUUUCCAAAUGUAAAUAUUCCAUGGAGUGACUGCGAAGGAAUGCCUGUGUGUGAGAGAGAGAUGAGUGUGCCUGUGUGCGUGUUCGCGCGUGACAACGAGUGCGAGAGAGAUGGAAGCCCCUCGUGGCCGACCAAAGAAGGCAGUGUGUUUUGGGGAAUUCCCAAAAUCGCUGUCGUUUGGCUGAGGGGUGCUUCGUGCCUCUCACUGCGUUCUCACGACCUGGAUCGCCGAUCCGAACUUAUUCUUGUUUUUUACUUUUCUAAUGUAUUUUUUCAAAUCACCAUUGUACGGAAAAGUUGCUCAGCUGAGGAAUGUUAGUGAUUUAAAAAUGAUUUUAUAACAACAUGCGUUGUAUACGAGUGCGGCAGUUUUCUUCGUCGAUAUUUUCAUAAAAAUUGUAUAUUUAACGAAAGUUAGUCAGUGUGAUAGUUCGGUAGAAAGCCUAUUGGUGAGCUACUUUGAGGCCAAGAUUGUUUUGGCCUCAGUACGGGUGCUACGCUCACCAACAACCAAGAAGAGAAUUGUAAAUUCCCAACAUAUCUUAACUACCGCUGUGCGUUUCAUUGUCGUUGCCUAUUGAGGCAAUGAUUUAAAUAUGACACGUGUUAAUAAUUGUUCUAAGGGCUCUGUGUAGAUUUCAGACAUGGCUUAUUUUUCUUGUCGUAAAUCUGUCUGAUGUGUGCUCCAAAGCUUUAAAUUAGGAGUAAGAAUAGAAUUGCUUUGUUUUUUCUUCAUUUAAUCGUAAGUACUGCGCUGCCGGUUUACUGCUCUGUAAAACUGGCAGCCGAUGGGAGGAAUGCUUCUCUAGAUCAGUAAUGUACAUUGCCAAAACUCUUCCUUAUUUAUGAAUAAUUAAAUGAAUGCUCACUGGGCGAGAACGUCACUUUCGCGCAGUACUUCGCGCCACCCAGUUAGUUAGGGUUUAGUAUAAAUGUGUACAAAACCAGGUGUGCCAAUAUACUAACAGUCAAAAAUUGUAUUUAUCAAAGUCGCGCUGUAAAUUUAGAGUGAAUUUGCGACAAAGGCUAUUUUUGGGGGUUCGGAAAAAAGAGAUUGGCUGCGCUGGCAAAUAUACUGUCAAUGGUGUGACAAAAAAAUGUAUUGUUUUGUUAUCGUUUGCUAUUUUUCCUGCAUACUCGAAUAAUUAUGUGUACAUAUGCAAAAAUAAAUCUUAUUUAUUAAAUCGA